GUUCCGCAUCACCGCACACUUUUUUUUUUGACUCAAAAAAUUUUUGGCUGCGGAGAGAUGUAGAGAUUACAAAUAAAAAGAGCUUGAUUUCAAAUCAACAUCUUUCUCUCUCACUCUUUACUUUACUAAUCAAUGGCUAUUUAUUUGGAACAACCGUAUUACUUCUCGACUGACAAGCAACAAGAUGAUUUCUUGAUUGAUGAUAUCAACUCUUUGGUAUCAACUCAAAGCACAUUUAUUGAACAAAGCAAAGACUUCAUUGCCCAUAUGCGUCAACAGUUAUUCAACACCACAAGCACCGCCUUUCCUAUACCAGACUCGUUGUUUAUGCAAAAGAUGGCACAUGGCUCUAAUCAAUAUUCAAGGAAUCCAUUUCAGUAUCCAUCAGAUCCAUUUGAUUCAUCCGAUGCAUUGUCCUAUCGACGCCAGCGAUCUGAAAAUUUGUUGUUGAGAAUGAUCUGCUGUAAACGUCUCAACCUCAACCAGAUCUCUAUCAUGCGUUUAUCAAGAGGUAUCUUUGUUCAUCAAGUCUGGCAAUCCUCAAGCCCUCAGUCAUCACCUACGCUAUCUACAAUUGAUGAUAUCUUGUCUCAAACGAUUGACUCGAAUGUUAGUGAAGCUCCUGUUGAUAACUUUCAUUUUGAUACGCUUUACUCGAAACGAGGACACAAUUCUUAUGAUGAUCUUUUUGUUCCUUACAGUUAUACAUUUGGUGCUCGAUACACCAAUCCAUACUCUGAUGUCCAUGAUCUCAUCAUUAGAGGACGAUUACCUGUCUGGUGUCAAACUUUAUUCUUACUGAACUGCUUGAAGCAGUCAGUUCAACCCAAUGUACCCUAUACAGGUUUAUUUCCUUUUGCUCCAGAGGUAACCGUAACCUUUACGUCCCUGGGUGAUUAUCAUAUGGUGAUUCCUGAAAUGACUUUACUAUAUGAACGAUUCACAAUGGAACACAUGGACCCUUAUGCCUUUCCAGAUAUAUGUAGUGGAGAAGAUGAGCAAUUGGUUGAUUGGCCAAAACACAAGCAACAGAUUCUGUCAAAUAUUUUGAUUUGCAAUAUACCAGAUGAUGUAUCCAAGCUACUUGAACAUGCAGCUAAUAUGUGGGCUGUCAGUCAGGGACUUAUGCUCUAAGGUUAUUUAUUUCACCCUUUCUUUCAUUGUUACAUUAUGUACAGAUCCAUUUAUGUUGUAUUAUAUUUCUUUUUUUUUUCCUUCUUGUGUCUAUAAUAAUUUUUACGUCAAUUAAUAAAAACAUAUGCUUCAUUCAAUC